AUGUGGACCAUCUGGGUGAUCAUCUUCUGGAUUUCAACCGUCCUGAUCAGAGCUGUCCCACCUGUCUGUGACCUCCUGAGUGUCCUGAAAAAGGAGGAAGAAAACUGUGCUGAGACUCUCUCCCUGGAGGCAAAGAACAGAACGCCUGAAAACAAUCUGCUUCUGAGCUCAGGCAGAUGUGCUGGAAUGUGGGAUAACAUGAGCUGCUGGCCUUCGUCUGCUGUGGGACAGACUGUCAACGCUCACUGCCCUGAAUUCUUCCAGAUGCUGACUGGAAAAAAAGGUUUUGUCUACCGAAACUGUACGAGUGAGGGUUGGUCAGACCCAUAUCCGAGACCCGAUAUUGCUUGUGGCUACAACAUCAAUGACACGACAAAUGAGGCGAGACGUUCCUAUUUCAUGACUCUGAAGACCAUGUACACCAUCGGAUACUGCACCUCCCUCGUGACGCUGACGAUAGCCUUAGCAGUCCUGGUCUCUUUUAGAAGACUUCGCUGUACAAGGAACUACAUCCACAUGCAUCUCUUCACAUCAUUCAUUUUGCGAGCCUCAUCCAGCUUCAUCAAGGAUGCUGUUUUGUUUUCCUCUGAAGACAUGAAUUACUGUGGGGCAUACACGGCUGGGUGUAAGCUCACCAUGGUCUUCUUUCAGUAUUGCAUCAUGUCUAACUACAGCUGGCUCCUCGUGGAGGGACUGUACCUCCACACUCUCCUGGUUAUUUCUUUCUUCUUGGAAAGGAAGUUCCUCUGGUGGUUCAUCGCCCUCGGAUGGGGUGCCCCAACUGUGUUUGUGGCUGCAUGGGCGACUGCUAGGCAACUCCAUGAAAAUAUUGGGUGCUGGGACAUUAACACUAAUGCCAAUACCUGGUGGAUCAUUAGAGGCCCUGUAGUUUUGUCUAUUUUU